AUGAUUUCAGAGUAACCUGAAGGUUCAAAACCGUCGAAAUUUUAAGGAGGUAGAAUUCACUUAAGACCCAUCGACAGCAUAGGAAGAGACUUUGAUUUAGGAAAUAUUGAAACUAAAAGUAGAAGGCAUUUUUCUUUUGAUCCCACACCUGUUAUGCAUUACAAACCGCAAUUAAGAGUUGGGUUUCCAAAAAAUGUCACCAAUCCUGAGAUAUUGUUUACGCACAAAAGUUAGGGAGGACCUGAUAAAUUAACUUAUAUGCCUCCAAUCAAAAAGCAUAAAGAUUUUACAUCUACAAUGAGAAAAACAGUCAUUAACAAAGAAUAUGAGGAACAAUAAACAGAAAAUAGAAGAAUGAUUGAGGAGUUGGAUGUUUGGGAGAAAAAGUUUAGAAAAUAAUGA